UUCGGCCUGGCUGAGGAAAUUCCGGCGCGCGGUAGCUUUGCGUCAUCGCCGCGCGCCGCACUCCGGGAGGGGCCGGGCCGGGGCCCGGAGGCGGCUGCGGGCGGCGCCGGGGCCGAUGGGGGUCGGGGCCGAGGAGCCGGGAGAUGGCGGAUGAGGCUGUGGCAGCCAGCAGUGCUGGGGAGUUCAAAGCCAACGCAGAGCAGCCCCUGCUGAUGCCCACAUGAGGAAGCAGUGCCAUUUAGUUCUUCUGGGACACCACAAAGCAAUAUGAAACCUGCUCAUGAGAGAAGCCAGGAAUGCCUUCCCCCAAAGAAACGAGACCUUCCUGUCACCAGUGAGGAUGUGGGGAGGGUAGCCAGCUGCUCUACCAAUCACACACCGGUGAGCGAUGCCCCAGAGUGGUGCAGGAGCGUUGUGGUGACUGGACAGAGCCAAGCACCAUUACCAUAUGGCCUUGGCAGUGAUGGUGCUGAAGCAGUAGCUGGCCUGACUGUGGAUCAAUAUGGCAUGCUGUACAAAGUGGCUGUGCCUCCAGCCACCUUCUCUCCCACUGGCCUCCACCCAGUUGUGAACAUGAGUCCUCUGCCCCCCAGCUUUAAUGUAACCUCUUCCCUGAUCCAGCAUCCAGGGAUUCCAUAUCCCCCCAUCCACUAUGCUCAGAUUCCCUCUACGUCUCUUCAGUUUAUAGGGUCACAUUACACAGUACCCUAUGCUGUGCCCCCCAGCUUCCUCCCUAGUCCUCUUCUAUCACCUUCUACCAACCUCCCCACCUCUCAUGUUCCCCGUUUUGUGCCAUAUGCGUCUCUUUUUCCAGAAGAAGCCGCUCCUUCCCCCCAAACUACUUCUCCUGCUCAUGCUUUCAGCAAAGCUGCCUCUGUCAUCUCCCCUUCAGGCCAAAUGCAGCACCAUGCUGGAGUCCAGCCACUGGACAUCACACAGAGUAGAGUUCCUGUCUAUUACCAGAUGUCCCGGCUCCCACCAGGGUAUUCAGCCUACGAGACCUCCACUGUAGGGGGAAGCCCAGAUCCUCCUCUGCAAGAAAGUCAACUGAGUUCAGAGGUAGCCUCUGCCAAUGGUGGACAGAGACAUCUGGAGCAUAGUGUGGUGAGGAGGACCAGUGAGGCUUUGGCCUCUGCCAGCAAUAAAGCUGAAGGCCCGCAGCCUGGGGCCACAGUGCAGUGUGUGGUGGAUGGUCAGCUCUUUUCAGGUUAUCAGACUCUGAGAACAGAGGACUCUGUGCCAGCUCACAGAAGCACGCCAGACACUGACUUGGAGGUGCAGAGAGUGGUUGGGGUGUUGGCUUCUCAGGAUUACUCUAUUCUGGCAGCCCAGAGAAAGGAUGGCCUGAGCCCUUUAAACCUUUGCCAUAAUAUCCCUGAUCAGCAGGGGGAGUCAAGGGGCUUGCUGAGGAACCCAGUGGAAACAGCUGAGAAAAGCCAGGCCAGGAGUCCAUAUGUGAUGUCCCCUGAGGAGCCGGUUAGACACAGACAGCUACCCAAAGGAAUGGUGAUAGCCAAUGGCAAGCCAGUCUUGGUGCGUAUCGGGUCUGAGCCCGUCAGGUCUUCUGCUUCAGAAAUCCUGAUGAGACAGAGUCCAGAUGCACAGACCCACAGAAGCUCACGUGACAAGGACUCAGCCCAGUUGCAACCCCCCAGCUCCUCACAUCUGCCCUCCCAUUUCAUGAAAGGAGCCAUCAUACAGCUGGCCACAGGGGAGCUGAAGAGGGUGGAAGACCUGCAGACCCAGGACUUUGUGCGGAGUGCUGAGGUUAGCGGGGGCCUGAAGAUUGACUCUAGCACAGUGGUGGAUAUCCAGGAGAGUCAGUGGCCUGGGUUUGUCACAUUGCAUUUUGUGGUUGGGGAGCAGCAGAGUAAAGUGAGCAUUGACGUACCCCCCGAGCAUCCCUUUUUCGUGUAUGGCCAGGGCUGGUCCUCCUGUAGCCCGGGGCGGACCGCUCAGCUCUUUGCUCUGCCCUGUCACAGGCUGCAGGUGGGCGAUGUCUGCAUAUCAAUCAGUUUACAGAGCUUGAAUGGCAACUCUGCUUCUCAGGCUAACUGCCCUCUUGCAGGCCAGCUGGUGCCCACCAGAGAGAGGCCCGAGAGAACAGGUCAGGGGCCCAGAGAGCCAUCCGACAGAGCCAGUGAGAGGAAGAAUCAGUCAGAAAGGGACAGUGCAGCCCAGAUUUCCUGUACGGAGUCCUCCCAGCCUGACCCUGGUGCUCAGCACUGCUGGACAGCCCCAGGCUUCCAAAGAUACAGCAUGCAGGGGGAGGAGUCUCGUCCGUCCCUGCUUCGUCCCUCUUUCAUUCCACAGGAGGUCAAGCUGUCUAUAGAAGGGCGUUCUAAUGCAGGGAAGUGAUCUCUUUGAGGCCAUGACCUGGGAUGUCGCCCAUGAGUGAGCCUCACCUUUUUCAGGUGGAGAAUUUGCACAGACUGAGUGGUGGGUUCACCAGCCUGGCUGCUCUUUGCCGUGCAGAGCUGGAUUUGUUCCAGUUCAAUUGUUGAUCAUUGAGGAAUCUAGAAAGCUCCAGUCUUCAGGGAGCAGCAGCAAUGGGCUAACUAAGGAUGGAGGACAGGGCAUGUGGUCGUGAGCGUGUGACUAGAAGCAUUCCAGAGGUUGGGACUUUCACACAUCUGUCUUAGUGCCUGAGUUUCCUGCAGGGCAGGGUCUGAGCAUUCAGAAUGGGUGGGGGAGUAAAGAAGAGCAGACCCAAAAAGCCACAGCUUAAGGUAGCAGAUAAAAUGUCUGAAGUUCUUAUUCCUCUUUUCGUGGUGGGAAGGGGUGAGUCCCCACUGGGAUUCAGGGGACACUGCUCCCAGCACCCCCUUUCUUCACACAUGCACUUUAAAAGGAAACUUCUUCACAAAUGGAGCUGUUCGUGAGGUGCGGGGGAGAUGCAGGUGCUGCUCUGGUGGCCUCUGCUUGAUGUGUCUCCUCCACUGAAUCCUAUUGGGCUUUCUUCUAGCAAAACAUCUGUAGAAAGAGAGACUGCAGUGAAUAUUAGAAAUUGGAGAGGAAGGUCCUAGAGGAUGGGUAGGGAGUGAUUGAACUGGGGACAGGCCUAUGGCAGCUGGGAUAGGGCAUAAGCUGUAGUUGGUUCCCCACUAUACAGACACCAAGUAAUUAUUUGUCACCAAAGCUAAGUCUAAUUAUAGCAUUUCCUAGUGGUAAUUGCUGUAAUAAAGGUGAUAUGAAGACUGUAUUUUAAAGCUUUCUUCACAUGGUCAUAACUUUCUAAAAAAAAUCUCCUUUUGGGCUUAAACUUUCCAUUCUUGGAUUCAAACUGUAGCUGAAUUUUUGGGGAGAAAACUGAGCCAAAAUGUUUUUAAGUUGCUCUUUAGAUAAGGAUGAAAAUGUAUUCUUCCACUGUGAAAAGACUGACACUUGUGUACAUCAAUAAAUCAAAAUUGGCUGAACUACUCCAAACAAAAACUUUUCAGGUGGCUAAUCACUCCUUCCAGGGUAAUUUGUUAAAUAUAACAACUAUAAAUAAGAGAGAAAUGUGUGUGCAGGCAUGAUACAAAAUUUCCACUAAGUUUAGAGUCUCUAUACUAAUCACAGGACUAUGGAAUAACAUGCACAAUAUCUCUGGACAAUUUCAUAGGUGUCCUUUUACACUGGAUGCUCUGAUGCUUCACUGUGGAGUCCACUGCAGAACUACACAGUGAAAUCGAGAGAUGAGUGUUUUUCUUAAACAAGGAUGUGUAGAACAGUUUAAUACAUUAUUAUGGUAAUAACACUCCGUCCAAGUGAAAGUACUUGUGUUCACAGUAACUUGCUCUCUCUGGACAUUCUUCGUAUCGAGUCACCUCUGACUGCACAAGAAGAAAUCCAGAAUAGGCCAACCAGGUGGUGAGAAUGCGAGAACCUUCCCUUGGGCAUAUCCUGACUUUUGAGUAUUCCUCAUUGUAUUACAGUCAACAGUUUUUGUAUUCGGAACAUGCCUGCAUAGAGGUGUUAGUAUCUUUGAGGAGUGCAUGCACCUCAAGCUUCGAGCUGGGUUCCUGAUGGUGUCUCACUCCAGUUCUAUUUUGCAUCUUCUUGCUUUCUCUUCCUCUUGUUUUUUCCUCAAUUUCCAUCUUCCCAAACGCUGCUGCCUGGAGUGCUUAGCUGUUGGGCGCUAUUUUUAUUCUGUCUCCCUGAGUAGCUUGGGUAUCAAUGCUUCCAGCUGGUGAACAGUCUCUGCACCUUUUAUCUUCCUCCAGACCCUUUAUUGUUUUGCUGAGCUUGCAGUAGUUGUGGCUCCUAACAGAUCAGUGUUUGUCCACAUUCCCCUUGACGUGCCUCCUAACUGAGUUGGCACUGGUGUAUGUGCACUAUGUGGGAACACUGUGUUUUAGGCAUUAAGAAGCUUAGAGAGUCCACAGAAUGUUCCUUCACCUGGCAUAUCUACCUGUCUCUCUAGUGCUGGGAUCCCCAGAACACUUUUGGCAGUUUAUUCUGUCACCACCUUUGAAAUGCCUGCACUUGUCUCUCUCCCCAGGCAAACAGGUGCUUUCCCUGUCUUGCUCGUGGAUUGGUCUGAUGUCAGAAGGUGCCUGGACCUGUGGCAAUGUAGCCUCACCAGCCCUCUACCAGAGCAGAGAUUCUAGCUGUCUUUACUUUUCUCUGGGCUUUGGAUGCAUAAUCUGCAGCUCCCUCUGGCCAGUAAGCAAUUUCUAGUUAGUCCCAUUAGUAAAUUUGAAAGACUAAAACCAAAAUGACACUCUUCCUGGGAAACUUUGGCCUCCCUUGGUUGCAGCAGCAGAGAGGACAAAUGUUUGCACAGCACCUUUUGACUGUAAAACAGAUUGGUCAAGCUCUAGGUGGUUGGCCUCUCAUCACACUUCUUCCCUGCUGUUUCACCUACUUGCUGCUUGCUUGACUCUCCUGCAUGAAGAUCUUGGUUGUUACACUGGCUUGUCCUGAGUAGCCUGCACUUUGGUUAUAGAGACAGGGCAAAGAGCCAAGGGGUAGUUUUCUGUAGUGGGUUGAUAGGUGAGGAGAAGGUUAUGGCAGGUACACAUGCAUCUUGGAGUAGAAAUGUAAGGGGGCUGGUUGUGUGCAUGGAGGGAGAUUACUUGAGCAGUUGAAUGGUGCAGACCCCUGCCAUGUGCCUCACUAAAUACAGGAGCCUCUUUGUCCCUCUUAGAAAGGGGUUUUGAAGAGUCUGCUUCAUAGUGAGAGAUGUUACUGUGCCCGCCCCCUUCACUGUGCUGUCAGCCAGCUAAAAGGGUAGGCGCAGAUGCCUUCCAAGCCAUCUACAGCCAGGCUACUCCCCACAGUUUGCUCUGUCGCCUUUCUCCACCUGACUACUAGUCUGUCCUGCUGCCUGCUUGCAUAUCUAUGGUAAGCAGUGCUGACGUGUGCUCAGUGGAGGAAGCCAGUGAGAGUGUGACCUUUCUCAAUGCUUUUCCUCUUCUCUCCCUCUGACCAAUCCCACAGUUCAGCAAGUAAGUUCCAGCUGUCACUCUUUUAUUCUGGGCCCUUACAGCAGCACCGAAACCACAUCCAAAGGGGAGAACCAAAUGAAGGAUGUAGGACACUGGACCCUUGCCGCAAAGGCAGGUAACAGAAAUGGACCACAGAAGCUGCCAGGUCCCCCAACAGUCAACAGAAUCUCCCCUAGCUGGUUAUGGGUGGCUGUAGUGAUAGUUUGUGUGUCGGCUGGUCUCAGGAAAGUCUGGAGGUAGUAAGUGUGGGAGAAGCUGAGAGGAAUGACUGUGGGGGAGCCCAAGACAGAGCCUGCUGGGGGGUUCUCUGGUUUGCAGGAAGAGAUGAUCUGAAAGAGGGUCCAGAAUGAGUUGGCCACAGGGGCUUCUGUGUUUGCAAGGAUGGGGAUAGACUUACCAGAGCAAUAAGGUGUUUCUGCUGUUACACUACAGAGGGAAGGAGAGCUGCUGACCUCAGCCUCACCCAGUGUAGGUGAUCUGACCAGAGCACUGGGGUCUUCAGGCACAUCUUCCCUGCCAGGCUCACGGCGGGGCUUUGGGAAGAUUCCGUAAUAUGCAAUAAUGGGGAUCUGCAGCCAUCUGUUCCAUCUCCUGAAACAUUCCAGGGGACAGCUGCCCAGCAGAGGCCAGGCUGGUAGCUAUGGUGUACGCUGUUUCCCCAGGAAUGGGGGACUAGGUCUGAGUGACAGAGCUCCCAUUACUCCCAGACUAUGCAGAGGAAGCCCUGGCUAGAAAGGAGGGGUGCUGCAGAGGGAGCUCUGCCAGCCCUUCCUAGCAGGGGCACUAGUAAAAUGCACUUUUCACAUUAAGUGUUUGUUCCAUUUCAUACCCUUCUUUCCCCUGUAGAGAAGUAAAAAUCCCUGUAACUUAGCAAAUGUUCUGUUUGUUAACCACAGCAACUCAAGCAGCCUGAACACCAGUUCCUGCCUGCAGCAGCGCAUGUGCCUUCCCCUAGUGUCAAACUCACAACCACUCUGUCUUUCGGGCUGUUCUAAGGCCUGAAAUUGUUCAGAGGAAGCUGCUAAAAUGGCUCUGAAUGUGCAUUCUGUACAGGGAGUCUGAACCAGGGUGUGCUCUUGGUGCCGUGAAUGUGCUGAUGGUGGAGACCCAUCCACUGCAUUUAUAUCUGUGUGCGUUGAGGGGAGAGGACUGCACAGCUAGCCCCUAGCAUCCUUCCCAGGCAUGCUAGGCCCCUCCAGACAGACAGUGUACAUCCCAGUUUCUCUCCACUUGCGUAGCACCUUAGAGUAAGGGGAAGGACUGUUGCAUACAAAUGGCUUCGGGGUCUCAAGAAAUAGGGAAGUGCCACGCUGGGGAAAUGGGCUGGGCUGACCCACAGCUAGGUGGUCUUGUAGAUAACUACUCAACCCUCAACUAUAAUCCCCAGUUAUGUAAUGGCUGUAUAGACAUGUAACCAACUGCAUUGUAUCUAAAGCCUUAGAACUAGUCAGGUGCUCCCCUCCAACCUUGUUCCAGUCCCUCUCUUCCUACCUGAUCUUUAACAAAGCAUUAAUAAUUCUAAGGAUAAUCUCUAUUUUGUUGUGCUUUUUUGUAACUGUUUUAAAUAAAUCAAUUUGUACUGUAUAUUUGUACUUUUGGUGAGAUCCUUUCCUGUUUUACCAUUUUAAGUCUGUACUUGGCUACACACAGAUUGUAUUUUUAUUGUUAAUGCUCUUCUUAUGAAUAUUGCAUUUAACUUGUUGACUAUGUAAACACAGUAUAUAUCUAUAUAUCUAUAUCUAUAUAUAAACCAAUAGUUUUUCCUUC